ACGGGUGCCAUGGUGAAGCAAAGGUGGCACUUGAGCCCAAGGGUGUAUGAGCCAGCGGCCCUGGGCGUGACUUGCCAACCCUCGUGCAAAGACCAUCUGCCUUCCAAAUGUUUCACAAAGCACAAGAACAAGCUUCUCCAGUCUCCCGCUUCCCUGGAAGGCCAGCGUUGGGUAUUCGUGAGGGAAGAUCUGGACGACUUCAGGAAAGGUUGCCCAUCUUCUGAAGGUCUGAUCACUCGUGGCACCAAGGAGAACUUUCUUCCUAUGGUCAUUCACAGAGUCUCUCAGCCUGGCACCAAAAACAGCUGGAGAAAGCCCCCAAACGUAAGUCUGUACUCCACCCUGUCCUCAGCCCAGGUAGCACGGAAGACAUUCAUGCAUGACGUUGAGACGUGCCUGGCCCAGAAUUCUUCAGCUCUCUAUUCGACUCUGGAAGAAGUCGUCCCUGCAGACCUCUUGCUAAAGGCGCUCAAUGUGCUGGACCCGGACAGAAAGCUGGAGGACACAUGGGAUUAUUGUGAAGGUCACAGGGAAAGAACCAAAAAACCCACCGAGUUUUCCAAACAAAGUAGUCCAAAAGGCUUCCCUAAAUUUCCCAAGAUUUCUCAGCCGCGUCGAUACAGCUUGCUUCAGGGAGACAAGUUAAGCAAACUGUAUUUACUCAGUUCUCUUCAGCGUAAUUACAUGCCACAAGGAAUCCGUGAUUUCUGUAGAUGGAUUAUAAAUUUGGGAGACUUCGGCAUCAGAGAAGAUUUCCUGCUGAAACUAUUUGACAUUGGCUUCGAGUUCAAACCAACCUAUGAUGAGAACCAAAUGAAGAAAAUAAAUCUGUUUCCUUCUGAGCUCAAGUACUGCAAGGGGCUAAAGAAAUUGCAGGAGAUGAUAUUCUCCAUACAGGAAUUCGACUUUGAGAGGAAACUUAAGAAACUAAAGAAUCCCCGUCAACCAAAGCAUGAGAAGAUCAGGUAUGGAGCAUGGUACCUAAAGCCCAAACUAUGGAAAAAACUAAUAAAUGAUGAGCCUUUGAUUGACCCCAAGAUCUUAUCUGAAGCUCAACGUGAACCUCCUCCUGACAUUAUUGAAGAGCUUUAUGGAACAAUUGCCUUUAAGGAUUUCAUUGUAAGCAAGGGCUACAGUAUGCCAGGAAUCCUUGAGAAGUUGUUCACCAGGAAGGGAUGGAGUUAUGACAAGUUUGUGAUCCCUAUACCAAAAGCAGUGAGGGCUUAUGAAAGAGAACUGGCUGCUUUUGCAAAAGAAGGUGACUAGAUGGUAGAUGGCUUUUCAUUUACUAUGUCCUUGACUCUAUCUUGCUCUCAUUUUCAACAAUCACAAUAUAGGAUGAAGGUCCCAUCUUGGAGGUAAAACUGUGAAGGCUAGCCUGUAAUUUUAACGUUUCAUGCUCUAAAUAUUUCUUAAUUAACUUCUGCUUUGAAUUCAUCCAUACUUCAGAUGUCAACUGAGAUCGAUAUUCAUACAACCUCUUCACACAUUUUUGCAACAUUGAGAACAUUAUGUCAUUAUAUCAAUUAUU